UGGCCUGUGUCCCACGUUAGCGGCUAAGCUAACAGUUUAGUAAUAGUAAACUGAGCCGAAACCAGACAGAGACCUUUGUCUCGACUUAAAACACCGUCAAACGGAUUUUAAAAGAACUUACUUUUGGUCUCUUGGAGGACGUUUGUCACUUCCAGUAAACGGACAUUUAUGCGCAACUUUUUCGCGAGGUAGUUAGUGAUAAACAGCUGGCUGAAUGGCUGAAGGCUCCUCAGACCCACCGGACCUCAAUCCAGAGGGCACAUCACAUUAUAAAAAGCCAAACGACAACAAGUCCAGACGCGGUCAAUCCAGAUACAGCAGCGACCUACGCGCGAGUGGUCCCUCUCAACAAUAUGGCCACCCUCGUCAAGGCUUCCAACCGCCCUUCGGCCACCCUCACAGCUCGCAUCACGCGGCCUCUCAGCAUCCAAACUAUGAACAGGGCGAGGUGGGCGGCAGGAGGCGAGGACGAGGCCGGCGGGACGGAUUCCGAGGCGUCAAUGGGAAUUUUCACACCACGCGGUGGCAAAGAGGUUUCGCUGGCGAGCAGUCAGACGACGGGCCCGACUGGACAAACUGGCGGAGGGACGACGGCGGCAGGAAUUCGGAGCAGAGGAAGUUUAGGCACGAGAAUCACAGGCGAGGGGAUGAGCUUCAUUUAAGGGAGAAGAACGCCGGCGUCGGGCGUCAAACGCCGGAUGACAACGGAGGAGAAGACCGAGAGAGGACCCAGCGCUCCAGGAGGACCAGUCCCGAUCACCAGCGAGAUCAUCAGAAGAAACAGCCCAUACAGAAGCGACAACAAGGACCUAUCAAACCUCCCAAAGUGCCACCGCAGGAGGAGAGGGACUCAGAUAGGGGGCGCGGUUGCCACGACGACCACGGCAGACGACACCCGGGUGACCGUCACAGAGGGCACAGGAGACCACAGAACCACAGGAGGAACCUGAACAUGCCAGAGAGCAACGAGACUCAGACAGGGUGUCUGAUCGAGCAGCUGUCAGAGGAGAAGUACGAGUGCAUGGUGUGCUGCGACGUCAUCCGCCUCAUGGCCCCCGUGUGGAGCUGCCACAGCUGCUUCCACGUCUUCCACCUCAACUGCAUCAAGAAAUGGGCCCGCUCGCCCGCCUCCCAAGCAGACGAUUCCGCUGAUGGUUGGCGUUGUCCCGCCUGUCAGAAUGUUUCACUCAAACACCCGGCCUCCUACACCUGCUUCUGCGGCAAAGUGACCAAUCCAGAAUGGCAGCGCAGCGAGAUCCCCCACAGCUGCGGCGACAUGUGUGGGAAGAAGAGAAGCGGUGUGGACUGCAACCACCCCUGUAACAUUUUAUGUCAUCCAGGACCUUGUCCACAGUGUCCCGCCUUUGUGACAAAAUCCUGCGUCUGUGGAAGAACAAGUCAGCCCAUGCGCUGCAGCCAGGCGUUGCUCCUCCACUGCGACAAGGCGUGCGGCGCUGCGCUCAACUGCGGCCAGCACACGUGCGCUCAGGUGUGCCACGCCGGAGCGUGUCGCCCUUGCCAGCUGCAAGUCCUACAAGCCUGCUACUGUGGAGCCUCCACUCGCGAGGUACCUUGUGGCACAGAUGAAGACGGAUUCGACGGUUCGGGGAAUUUCUCCUGCCAAAAGACUUGUGGAAAAAUGUUAAACUGUGAAGCUCACCAGUGCCAGCAACCAUGCCACCGCGGCUCGUGUCCGCCGUGCCCUCGCUCACCGAGUACGGUCAAGACUUGCCCGUGCGGCCAGACGCCGAUAGCCAAGCUCCUGGAGCUAGGCUACUCGGAGCGAAAAAGCUGCUCGGACCCCAUCCCCUCCUGUGGACAGACGUGCAGCUUUCCGCUGCCCUGCGGUUCUAACGACACGAUCCACCAGUGUGACAAGCUGUGCCACGAGGGCCCUUGUGGGCCCUGUUCCCUAACUUCUACCAUCAGAUGCAGAUGUGCUUCCAAGACAAAGGAGGUGCCGUGUGCCACAAUCCAAAGAGAGGAGGAGCUCGUGUUCACCUGUGAGAAGCGCUGCAACAAGAAGCGCUCCUGUGGCCGACACAAGUGCGGUGAGCUGUGCUGCGUGAGCGUGGAUCACAAGUGCCAACUGAUCUGCGGCUACAAACUCAACUGUGGCCUGCACCGCUGCCAGGAGCCUUGUCACCGUGGCAACUGUGAACCCUGCUGGCAGUCCAGUUUUGAUGAGCUCACGUGUCACUGCGGGGUGUCCGUGUUGUACCCGCCCAUCCCAUGCGGCACAAGCCCACCCGAGUGCAAGAACUUGUGUACCAGAAGACACGUGUGUGAUCAUCCAGUGUUCCACAACUGCCACAGCGAGGAGAAGUGUCCCCCCUGCACGUACCUCACCGACAAGUGGUGCAUGGGAAAGCACGAGCAACGCAGCAACAUCCCAUGUCACCUGCAAGACAUUUCCUGUGGGCUCACGUGCGGCAAAAUGCUGCCGUGCCAGAUGCACCGCUGCAAGCGCAUCUGCCACCGCGGCGACUGCUUGCUGGCAGCGGACAGAUGCAGCCAGCCGUGUACGCAGCCCCGCCCCGACUGCGGCCACGCCUGCGCCGCCCCAUGCCACACGGGCACCGGAUGUCCGCCCACCACCUGCCCUACUAAGGUGGCGCUGCAGUGUGAUUGCGGUCGAAGGAAGGAAAUGGUGGCGUGCACCGAGGCUGCCAGUUCAUACCAAAGGUACGCUGCCAUCGCUAUGGCCAGCAAGCUGUCCGACAUGCAGCUCGGCGACUCCAUGGACAUCGGCCCGCUGCUCGCCAAGAAGGAGCUCAAACAGAGCAGGGUGGAAUGCGACGAGGAGUGCGCCACUCUGGAGCGGAACAAGCGCCUGGCCGAGGCCUUGCAGAUAGACCCCUCCUCGGACCCCUUCAACGUACGCUCCACCUCCGUGUACAGCAAUAGCCUCAAAGAGGAUGCCAGAAAAGACUUGAAGUUCGUCUCGGGUGUAGAAGAGGCGAUUAAGAAUCUCGUGGAGCUGGUUUCGAAGGGCAAGCAGCCAAAGAAGAGCCACUGCUUCCAGCCCAUGAACAGGGACCGCCGCAGGAUCGUGCACGAGCUGGCCGAGGUCUACGCUGUGGAGAGCGUCAGCUACGACAACGAGCCCAAGCGCAACGUGGUCGUCACGGCGCACAAGGGGAAAUCGCUGUGUCCGAAAUGGACUCUGACCUCGUUGAUCGAGCGUGAGACGGCCACCAGGGCCCCCGUGCCCAUCGCUCACAUCAAACAGCCCAGCAGCAGGGCCUCCGGCGCCACCACCUGGUCCAAGCUGGUCAAAGAAGAGCCGGUAAUCGAUUAUUUUGAUGUCCAGGACUGAACAAAUAGAUCAUAAAUCCUGUAAAUGCUGCUUUUGAACUUCCACUCGCAUGAAUCCUGGAUCAAGUCUCGAAUUUGGACACACGACCGAUUGUAAAACGGCUUCUUCUUGUAUGCAAACACUCCCCAAGGAGAGGCACUUUCAAUAAAAAUUUGAAAUAAAUGUACUCCACCUUGUU